CCGGCAGCGCCAGCCCCUUUCAAGAUGGCGGAAGGAAGCGCCCGCCGACCCGGAAGCGUUAUUUUCGGAGGGUGAGGAAAAUGGCGUGGAGUUGCUGUGCCCGAGUCUGGGUUAGACAGGAGUUAUGGGGUAGUAGUGGAUUCCGGACACACAGAAAUACCCUAUACACACAACAAAGAAAUGGAUUCAGAAGACCAGCACAGAAGAGUGAUCCGCAAACACCAAACCCAAAAACUGGUAUUAAGCCACAGAAAAGUAGUUUGUCUCCUCCAGCCUAUCAAGAAUCUUCCCGUUCAGUGAAAAUCCUUGUGAAGCCAUUCUUCUUUACAAUUGGGUUUUCAGGCUGUGCUUUUGGAUCAGCUGCUAUUUGGCAAUAUGAACAUCUCAAAUCCAAGGUUCAGAACUAUUUUGAAGAUAGUCGAGCAGACUGGAUGGAUAAGGUGCGACCACAAAAAGGGAUGGACUUCAGAAGGCAGGUUAACCAGUGGUGGAAUAGUCUGAGCAACGGGCAACGUACUGUGUCAGGCAUUAUAGCUGCAAACGUCUUUGUAUUCUGUUUAUGGAGGAUACCCUCUUUGCAACGAGUAAUGCUUACAUAUUUCACAUCUAAUCCAACUUCUCGAGUUGUGUGCUCUCCCAUGUUGCUAUCUGCAUUUAGUCAUUUCUCAUUUCUACACAUGGCAGCCAACAUGUAUGUUCUGUGGAGCUUCUCAACCAGUAUAGUCUCUCUUCUGGGACGGGAACAAUUCAUGGCAGCGUACCUUUCUGCAGGGGUUUUUUCCACAUUUGUGAGUUAUUUUUGCAAAACGGUCACAGGAAGAUUUGGAUCAUCACUUGGAGCAUCGGGUGCUAUAAUGAUGGUCCUUGCAGCAGUAUGUACGAAGAUGCCAGAAGCCAGGCUAGCCAUAAUAUUCCUUCCAAUGUUCACAUUUACAGCUGGAAAUGCUUUAAAAGCCAUUAUUGCACUGGACACGGCCGGACUUAUUUUGGGUUGGAAGUUUUUUGACCAUGCUGCACACGUUGGAGGGGCUCUCUUUGGCAUGUGGUAUGUAACAUACGGGCAUAAUCUAAUAUGGAAGAAUAGAGAACCGGUGGUGAAGGCAUGGCACACAAUAAGGACUUGGAGACCAAAUAAAUGAGGUGGGGCUUGCAACUGGUGCUUUUUAGAAGAAACUUGUACAGAAAUGGCGUGCUGCUUUGAAGACUGGAAAGUGGAUUGGUUGUUACAUUACUUACACAGUAAUGGGAUCUUCAGUUCUAAAUGUGAUAAUCCACACUCAAAAUAAAUGCAUUUAUUGAUAAACACAUAACCAAAUAGAAAACAAUAAAGAUUUGUAUCUCAUUGCUUUA